AUCCUUUUCAUUUCCCAUUGGCCAAAUCUUCCCCCUUCAAUCUUAGCCCUCAAUUCCCCAAAACCAAUUCAUCCUUUUUUUAUGCCCAGCUCCAUUUACCCCAAAUGCUUUUCCAGAAAGAGUAACACCGCAGCGCCCAUCUCCCCUCCUUCCCGACGGUAAGCAUGGCCACCGUUACACAACCCUCCGCCGCCUUAUUCCGCAGCCCUUGCACCUCGGAAACCAGAUUCCUCACCGGAUCCCGCCGUAAUCAGAUAAACGGGGAAGUCUCCCUCCGGCGACCUUCUUCAUCGAAUCCUCCCCGCCGCUUCUCUUCAUUCAAGGUUGAAGCGAAGGGCGAAUGGCUCCCUGGGUUGACCUCCCCAGCUUAUCUUGAUGGCAGUCUUCCCGGCGACAAUGGGUUUGAUCCGCUGGGACUGGCGGAGGACCCGGAGAGCCUGCGGUGGUUCGUGCAGGCGGAGCUGGUGAACGGACGGUGGGCGAUGCUGGGAGUGGCAGGGAUGUUGUUGCCGGAGGUGAUGACCCAGAUGGGACUCAUAAGCGUUCCCAAAUGGUACGACGCCGGGAAAUCCGAAUACUUUGCGUCAUCUCCGACACUCUUCGUGAUCGAGUUCAUCUUGUUCCACUACGUGGAGAUCAGAAGGUGGCAGGACAUCAAGAACCCUGGGUGCGUGAACCAGGACCCCAUCUUCAAGAAGUACAGCCUUCCUCCCAACGAGUGUGGGUACCCAGGGGGAAUCUUCAACCCGCUCAAGUUCGCCCCCACCAUUACUGCCAAGGAGAAGGAGCUUGCCAAUGGGAGAUUGGCGAUGCUGGCGUUUCUUGGGUUCGUAAUUCAGCACAAUGUGACCGGAAAAGGGCCAUUCGACAACCUGUUGCAGCACAUCUCCGAUCCGUGGCACAACACUUUUGUGCAAACGCUGGGAAGUUGAUGAAUUAAGCAGCUGGUAGGAAGUGAUGGUUGAUCAAGCUGGAGGUGGGGUUCAAGAUGGAGUUUGUUGCUUGUGUUGUAGAAGAAACAAAGCUCUACACCAUUUGUGUGUGUGUGUUAUUGUAUUGCAAAAAAAGGUUUAAAAAAACCUUAUCAUGUUAUUGUAUAGUGUUUAUGUCCCUCCAUUAUAGUCUUGGCUGUUAUGAUGUUUUUUUUCUUACACAAGUUACACAAGUGACUUCACAACCCAAGUUUACGAGUGCAGUAUGAUGUGUGCAAUUAACUUUGAGUUGGAAC